GAUCCUGGGUUUGGAAACGCAAGCAUCUUCUGUGUGAAUCGAAUAGCAGGGAAGUAGUCCCUCUGGGCUUGGAAUUACGAGAACUGAGGAUGCCUAUCAGAUGGAUUCUGCACUGGCAACCCAACCAAGGAACUAUGGUGAACAGCCAAACAUUGAAUGAAAUUUCACAGUGCGUCGAGAACCUCAACGGCGUCAAAGACGGAAGAUGGAAAGCUACCCUCACAUUCUACAGACCCAAUUUGCGAGACCAAUCAAUCCCUAUCGAUUUCCCGCGUGAUUUUCUGGGGAUAUCGCUGCUGGAGCAGCCCAACAAAUACUACUUCAUAAUUCGGGGCCAUAAGAUUGUUCUUGAGGCUGAUUCUUCAAUCUUGACUAUAAUGGAGAAACUCCAGUCCUAUAAAUCCAAAGUGGCUCUUCAUUUCGAAGGAGUGCAGUAUAAACUGGGUGACUUUCAGCUGAGAGUGAUUAAGGUUGUUCCCAAUCAAGCUGAAAGUCUGAGAGGAAUUUUGAUGGAGAUUGAGUAUCUCCCUAUUUCUUCCGUUGAAAAAUCUAGGCAAAUUAUGGAAGAGUUCAUUGAUAUGUGGCGAGAAGUGGUGUCUAAAAAAUCAUUACCGGGUCAUUUCAUGCAUGCGGAUCCAAAUUAUGCAGAGUAUGGGCUAUCUGACAAUUAUACUUCUCAACAUACAGCUGUUCAGUAUGCUGCUGCGUUAGCCCAACUAAUUGCAUCAGUGCAGUUAAGGAGUUAGGACAAUUGAAGGUUUUUGGUUUUCAUCUGUUACUUGUAAGACUGCACCUUUCCAUUGAUGUGAACACUGAACAGCCAACUUUCUCGGUUCAAUAACUUGUGUCAUUGCAGGUGUCUUACCUUGAUUGUAUUUAGCUGUUUGAAGCCGAAAUAUAUCAACUUAUAAGGGGAAUUUGGGUCCCUUCAGGGGGUGGGGUGGGGGACUUUGGUGAUGCUCGUAUUGUUUUCCAGAUAUCAAAGGCAACAUGGAUGUUCUGCUUCUCUAGUUACUGAACUCCAAGAAUGUGAAAACAUGGUAAUUGUGAUUGUGAAAUUGAUUUUUGUUGUCUCUUUCUGUCUCCUUCAGUUUUAUUUAUUUCUGAAUUUUGCAUUUUGAGGAUCUUGAUCCUUAUUUUAUAUCUAAUGAUAAAUAUUAUCUGUACUUAAAAAAACUUUCCUGCAUGCAACAUCUUGUAUUAGUUUACAAAAGGGGCGAGUAGUUAAAGUUAAAGACGUUUGGUAUAUUGGUCUCACAAAG